UUUCCUUCUUCAGGCGCUGUAACGAAUUCCUUAAUGGAGUCGGUUCAAUUCAUUCCCCCAUGGACUCUUUCAUGCUUCUUACAUUUCUUUGCUUGAUUUUUGCUUUACAAUCAAGUAAUCGAUCCAACACUGUUUCGUGAUUAUUUCUAAAACAAUCAAAAUUCGCCUUCCAUUGCAGACGCAGAUUUCGCAUUCACUGUUGCGUGAUAUCAGGAUAAAUGGCGGAGAACGAUGUAAAGGAAGUUGUUGAACAGAAGAAUGAUGAUUCGCCAAGAAAGGAGAAGAGGAGUAUCUUCUCUCGAAUUUGGAAUGGAUUGGCUAGGUUACAUGGUGAUAAUUUUGAAAAGAGAUUGCAACAUAUAUCUAAAGAAGAGGCUACUGUUCUUGCUAGAAUGAAGAAAAGAUCUAAGAGAUGGCGGAGAACUGCUCGGGAUAUAAUUGCAUUUUCUGUUCUUUUUGAGAUUGCUGCAAUCGGAUAUGGCAUAACAACAACAAGAUCAGUAAACUUAGAGUGGAAUACAAGAGCUCUGCGAGUUUUACCUAUGUUUGUUUUGCCUUUUUUAUCAUGGGCUUUGUAUUGUGGACUUCAAAGCUUCAAAACUUUUCGCGAUCAAAGAGAUGAAAGAUCUUUAGAGAAGCUUCGGGCUGAAAGGCAGAAGAAAAUCAAUGAACUGAAAGACAGAACUAAUUAUUACAACACCCAACAACUGAUUCAGAGAUACGAUUCAGAUCCAGCAGCAAAGGCAGCUGCUGCAUCAGUGCUUGCAUCCAAAUUGGGAGCUGAAUCAGGGCUACAGGUGAAUCUAGAUGAAUCACAUCUGAAUGUGCACCUUGGCACAGGGAAGAGCAAUGAUUUUGAGGCUCUGCAGUCUAGUGGUUUAAGGAGAAGAAACACAUUGGAAGGAAGAUCUCCUGGGAGUGGAAGUAAUUCAGAAAAAGAAGGUUUUCAAUAUGCAGGAAGUGAGGUUUCUGAGAUUUCUUUACCUAGUGAGCUUGUUGUUGAGCAUAGUCCUGUGGCUAUAAGUCCACAAGAUGGGGGUUGGAUUGCUAGACUUGCUGCAUUGCUUGUGGGUGAGGACCCCACACAAUCUUAUGCACUUAUAUGUGGUAAUUGCCAUAUGCACAAUGGUCUUGCAAGGAAGGAAGAUUUUCUAGUGAUUACUUACUAUUGUCCACACUGCCAUGCUUUGAACAAACCGAAGAAUUUGGAUGAAAAUUCUUCAUGUCUUAACAGCCCUAAUAUGAGAUCUCCAAUGGCACAUCACCAUUACCAUGCAUUGAAUAAACCAACAAGAUUAACUGAAAAUAAUUCUUCAGAAACCAACUCCUCUGAAUCUGAAACGAGAUCUUCUUCUAAAACAAGGAACUCUCAGUCUGAUGAAAAGUGUUCAGAUGCCAAAGCCCCUGAUGUCAAAUCUUCAACAAAACCAAUGGCUAAUGCUAAAUCGAUGAGUGAGAAUGUAUCUGCUAAGGGUAAGGUGGGAUUACCCAGAGUGGAGAGUGAAAAAAAAGUUGUUGAGGAUCUUGCUGAUAGCUAACAAGCUCAAUACGGUUUAUAUUGUUUUAUUAACAUGAAAGAUUUACAACUAUUUGUGUAACUAAGUCAUGACGAAAACGCUAUAGUUUGAUUUGUUUUAGUACAGAUUUUUUUUUCUUCCUGAAA